AUGGGCAGCAUCGAUACCAAGAGCUCCUCGCGGGUGAUCCCGACGGUCGACAUCAGCGCCUGGCUGUCUCCGGAUUCCUCGGCCGCAGCGAAACGGCAGGUGGUCAACGACAUGAGUGAUGCUUGCAGCACAUACGGCUUCUUCUACCUCGUCGGCCACGGCAUCAGCCCCGAAAUGCAAGCCAAAGCUCUUGAAGUCGAUCGCCUAUUCUUCUCCUUGCCCAAGGAGAAGCGUAUGGAGGUGUGGAUUGGCAAGUCUCUGGGCAAAUCGUUCAGAGGAUACGAGCCGGCUGGGAUGCAGACACACCACGAGGGUCUCCUCCCAGAUACUAAAGAGACUUUCAUGGUUGGCAGAGAAGUGUCUGAAGAUGACCCAGACUGCGGUUCGUUCUCCACUGGCCCCAACCUCUGGCCGACAUCUUUGCCUGAUGAGCAAUUCCGUAUCCCUAUAAUGGAAUACCAAGCCAAGAUGCUCGACCUCGUCAGCAUCUUACUCAAAAUCCUUGCGCAGGGUCUACCCAAAGCCUGGAAUUGCCCACCAGACGUCUUUGAUAGUCUCGUCGUCGAGCCCUCGAUCCCCAUGCGAUUUCUUCACUAUGCAGCUCAGCCCCAGGUCCCCGACAACCAGUACGGCGUUGCCGACCACACCGACUUUGGCUGUGUUUCGGUGCUGCUGCAGGAACCGGGCACGAGAGGCCUUGAGGUUUGGUACCCGCCCAUAGAAGACUGGGUGCCGGUUCCUGUGAAGGAAAACGCCUAUGUCAUCAACAUGGGGGACAUGAUGCAGAAGUACACCGCCGGCUUUUACCGCAGUGCGCGCCACCGAGUGCUUACAAGCCCAGACAAGGAGAGAUACAGUGUUGCCUUCUUCCUGAAUGGGAAUUUGAAACUAAGGUGUGAGCCACUUGAUGGGUCUCAGGGAGAGACGUAUGUUGGAGACCAUAUUCGGCAGAGGUUGAUUGAGACCAUGGGCAAAGCUGGCAAGGUGCUCCAGUAA